AUGAUAAUCUCUGGCACCAUUAAAGACACCUUUGCUGCCAGUCGACUACUCUCUUCACCUGCACUUGUGGAACCCAGCUACGCCCGUUUGAUCUUCUCCCAAAUCUCUUCCCCUAAUCUCUUCAUAUGGAAUACAUUGAUCAAGAAGCUCGUAGAAAAUGGCAUGGAUUCCAUGAGCCCACCACCUCUUCUAGUUUACAAACAGAUGCUCAAAACCAGUGUAAGACCCAACAGUCACACCUUCAUGUACCUGAUCAAGGCCUUGCAAGCUCAGUUGGAUUUGUAUCUCCAUGAGGGAGAAGCCAUCCAUUCAAAUGUUGUGAAAUUCGGAUGUGACUCUAGUCAAUUUGUCUCGAGCGCGUUACUGGGAUUUUAUGUUGCUUGUGGGUUUGUAGACAGAGCGCGUAGGGUGUUUGACAAAAUAUCUGAACCAGGCUUGGUGUUGUGGACUGCCAUGAUGCGUGCUUAUGUUUGCGCAAAUGUUUCAGAAGAAGCAUUAAGGCUCUUUGGAGAGAUGAGGCAGCUGGGUUUUAUGCCUGACCCAGUGACAUUGGCAACCAUUGUCUCAGCCUGCGGGCAGUUAGGAAACUUGGACACGGCAAAGGUGAUUCACGGUUUCAUCACCAAAAGUGGAGUUGAGGUUGAUGCUUUUGUAAGUAGCGGACUCUUGGGUAUGUACGGUGAUUGCGGGAGUUUAGAGUUUACAUAUAAUUUAUUUUGUGAGAUGUCUGCCAAGAAUGUGGUGAUUUGGAACACCAUGAUUCAUCAAUGUGCCAAAAAUGGUAACAUGGACCUUGCAUAUCAGUUGUUUAAGAUGAUGCCGGAUGCAGACAUAGUAUCAUGGAACACAAUGAUUGGGGGAUUAGCUCAUGCGGGACGGUGCAAGGAAGCAUUAGCAUUGUUCAAUGAGAUGGAACUAUAUGGUGUGAAACCUAACAGAUUGACCCUUUCAAUCACCCUUUCUGCCUGUGCUGGUCUUGGUGCUUUAGAUACUGGUACAUGGAUUCAUGCCUACAUAGAGAAAAACAGCCUCAACUCAGAUGGAUCUCUGGAUCCUGGCUUGAUCGACAUGUACGCCAAGUGUGGGAGCAUAGACAAGGCACUCCAAGUUUUUGAAAAGACUACGAGGACAGAUCUUUUUUCAUGGACAUCAAUCAUAUGUGGGCUAGCAAUGCAUGGACAUGCUAAGCAGGCCAUACAUUAUUUUUCUCAGAUGCUGGAAGCUGGGGUGCAACCAGAUGAUGUCACAUUGGUGGGCAUCCUCAAUGCUUGCGCCCACUCAGGAUUCUUGGACCAAGGCUGGCAGUACUUCCUUUCAAUGGAGAAGGUUCACAGUUUGACUCCCAAACUGGAACACUAUGGUUGCAUGGUCGAUCUUCUAGGCCGAAUGGGGUAUCUCAAAGAGGCUUACAGUCUGAUAAGGGGAAUGCCUAUGGAGCCCAAUGAGGUCAUAUGGGGAACCUUAUUAAGUGCUUGUAGAGUCCAUAACAACGUGGAAUUGGGUGAGCUUGCAGCUCAAAGGUUGCUUCAGCUAGAUCCAACUGAUCCAUAUAUCAGAGUAAUGCUGUCUAACAUAUAUGCAGAAGCUUCUAGAUGGGAUGGGGUCAUGAGGAUAAGGAAAGAACUGAAGGAGAGAGGGCUGAGGAAGGAACCUGGUUGCAGCUCAAUUGAGGUAAACGGUGUUGUUUAUGAAUUUCUUGUAGGAGACAGUUUGCAUGCCCAACAAAUUGAGAUUCAUUCAAUGCUAGACAAACUCGAAAUAAUGUUGAAAAUUGGAUGUCAUUGA